AUGACAGGAGGAUUGUUUUAUGCUGCUAUAAUAGCUGCUAACGGCGAAUUUGACCCUGAAAUGAUCCAGCAAUAUGUCCACAAGUAUAUUCGGGAACCUCCUCCCGGAACGGAUUUGUCUGUCAAUCACAGCGGAAACAACAACGCAGCUGUCAUUACAACGUAUUGCAUUGCAGCCGUCGCCAUUGCACUUCGCUUCUACACAAGACUGCGGGUGCGAAGAGUGUCGGUAGCUGCAGACGACUGGCUGAUUCUAGGCGCACUGGUAGCCGUCACUGCCAGCCUUGUGUCAACAAUCAUAGGUGGAUACCACGGUCUCGGGAAGCAUGUAUGGGCUGUUCCCAUCGACGAUGUGAUCACGGUCAUGCAGAUUUUGUUCGCCUACAUCCUGAUCUACGUCGCCACGGUACCCUUGAUCAAAUUCUCUAUACUCCUCUUUUACCGACGCAUUUUUGGCAUGACCUGGACGAUUGGGCUCUGCAUGUUCCUUACGGCUGGCUAUUUCAUUUCUUGCAAUGUUGCAUUUUUGGUUUGCUGCCGACCCGUUUCAUACUACUGGAGUCAAUACACCGACCCAGCUGGGGGCAAAUGUGUCUUCCCUCUAUAUCCAUUCUACCUCGGCAAUGCAGCUGCCAACGUGACAACGGACGUCCUCAUCCUUCUAGUCCCCAUCCCUUUGACCUGGAAACUGCAGAUGCGAACAAGUCAGAAAAUCCUUAUCAUUGGUAUUUUUCUGUUAGGCGGAUUUGUCUGUGUUGCGAGUCUAGUCCGAAUUUACUACAUGGCAUUCCUCGGCCAUUCGGUCGAUAUCACUUGGAUUAUGGGAGAUGUUUUCAUCUGGUCCAGUGUUGAGCCUUCUAUUGGCAUUCUGUGUGCCUGUCUUCCAACUUUGAAACCUCUGCUUCGAUAUACAGUCGAGCACUUUUCCAGCUUCAGCACUGGAAGACAAAAUGAGAGUUCGCAGAAUAACCCCAGAAAUUCUUCCUCGAAACGUGAAAGUGUGGCACGGAAACCACAAACGCCUCUUGACUGGGAUGAAGCCCAGCUGACAACACAUGCCUUCCAAAUACAGAUGGAGGAUAUGAAAAGAUCUGAAAGCGACGAGGAAGGCAUUACAAUCGAAAGGGACUUCCGAAUAGCAGAAGAGCAUAACACUCGGCGUUAUAAAUCUUGGCUGAUAUGA